GGAUUGAUACCUAAUACUAGUUAUACUAUUGGAGUGAGAGCAUAUACUAGUAUUGGACCAGGAGAAUGGACUGAUAGAGAAUAUACUACUAUUGAAAUACCUGUCAUUCAAAACUUCUCAGUAAAAAAGUUCCUUUCUACAGCAGUGAUAGCUGUGUGGGGUUCAGUUCCUGGAGCUAGUCAUUAUACUGUCUAUUAUGAGUCAACCAGUAGCUCCUCAAGAAAGAAGAGACAAGUAGAGACAGGAAUGAGAGUAUUCCCAGGUGAUACUACUGAAGGUCUAAUAGGAGGAUUAGAUCCUAAUCUGAACUACUUGUUCUUUAUAUCUACAUCAUUUAAUUUUAAUCAAAUCAAUUAUGAAGGACAGAGGACUCAGCCUGUACAUUUACCAUCAGUUUCUUAUCCUACUGCAAUAAGUACAGUUAGUGUUACUACUGCAACAACUACUGUAUUAGUCAAUGAUAAUGAGGAAAAUAAUGGAUUGAUAGUUGGUGUAACUGUAGUAUAUAUACCCAUGAUAGCACUAAUACUGGUUGUGAUUGUUAUACUAGUAAUUGUUUUACAAAUGAAAAGAGCUAAUAAUAAUCAAAAGAGAAAACAGGAUAAUGACAUUGUAAUGGAAUGCAGUCCAGCUUAUGCUACAACUGAAUUGAAAACAAAAUCAACUACUGAGCCAGUGUAUGAUACAACUAGCCCUGAGACAACUCUUCCACCAUCUGCUACUACUGAAUAUGAAAUACCAACCAUUUCAUAAUGCAUAUAUUGGUCUUUUUGUGCACUAUUUAGUUAUAUAAAUAAACAGUGUCCACUACCAUGUAGUGACUGAGUGAGUAGUAGUUAACUAAUG